AUGCCGGCCCAAGUGAUGCCUGAGCAGACCUUUCAAUCCCUCCACGACACCAUCAUGGAGGAGACCAAUUCAACUAUAUUUCAUAAAAGGUUGCAAGGAAAAGUAGCAAUCAUAACCGGAGGCGCACAAGGAAUCGGCAAAGCAACCGUCAAGCUUUUCGCUAGACACGGCGCAACGGUAGUGAUCGCUGACGUGGACGACGCAGCUGGCUCUUCCCUAGCUAAAUCUCUCUCCUCCCACUUAACUUCCAAUAACGUUGUGGCUUUCAUAAGCUGCGACGUCUCGGUGGAAGCUGACGUGGAAAACCUCGUGAACGUAACCGUGUCGCGUUACGGUCGUCUCGACAUUCUAUUCAACAACGCAGGAGUUCUCGGCGACCAGAAGAAACACAAAAGCAUACUAGACUUCGACGGCGAAGAGUUCGACCAAGUGAUGCGUGUGAACGUGCGAGGCGUAGGGCUAGGCAUGAAACACGCGGCACGUGCGAUGAUCAAGAGAGGGAUAAGAGGCUGCAUAAUCUCGACGGCGAGUGUGGCCGGUGUGAUGGGUGGAAUGGGCCCGCACGCUUACACGGCGUCGAAGCAUGCGAUCGUUGGGCUGACCAAGAACGCAGCGUGUGAGCUUGGGAGGUAUGGGAUUAGGGUUAACUGCAUAUCGCCGUUUGGAGUUGCCACGUCGAUGCUUGUGAACGCGUGGCGGAAGACGAGUGGUGGUGACGUGGAGGAGGAUGAUGGUGAUGAGGUGGAGAAGAUGGAAGAGUUUGUGAGGAGUUUGGCUAAUUUGAAAGGAGAGACGUUGAGAGUGACGGAUGUAGCUGAGGCGGCGUUGUAUUUGGCGAGUGAUGAGUCUAAGUAUGUGAAUGGACACAAUCUUGUCGUUGACGGUGGUGUUACGACAGCCAGAAACUGUGUUGGUUUGUGA